AGGCACAGCCACUGGGUCAGUGGUAGCACACAGAUAAGCACCUGUGCCUUGGUGGGGACUCCAGGGGCCACUGGGCACCCCGGACACCUGUCCUCCCUGCACUAUGGACAACAAGUCAUGCUGCAUCCUUGAGGGGGACCUCAUCUCUCAGGUGAUGCCACCCCUGCUCAUCCUGGCCUUCGUGCUCGGCGCCCUGGGCAAUGGGAUUGCUCUGUGUGGUUUCUGCUUCCACAUGAAGACCUGGAAGCCGAGCACCAUUUACCUUUUCAACUUGGCCGUGGCUGAUUUCCUCCUCAUGAUCUGCCUACCCUUCCGGACAGACUACUACCUCAGAGACAGAAACUGGGCCUUUCAGGAUCUUUCCUGUCGCCUGGUGCUGUUCAUGCUGGCCAUGAACAGAGCCGGGAGCAUCGUCUUCCUGACAGUGGUGGCCGUGGACAGGUAUUUCAAAGUGGUCCACCCCCACCAUAUGGUGAACACCAUCUCGAACCGGACCGCAGCUGGCACCGUCUGCGUCCUUUGGACCUUGGUCAUCUUGGGAACUCUGCAUCUUUUGACGGAGAGCCACCUGUGUCUGCAGAAGAAUGCCACGUCUUGUGAGAGCUUCAUCAUGGAGUCAGCAAACGGCUGGCACGACAUCAUGUUCCAACUGGAGUUCUUCCUGCCUCUGGGCCUCAUCGGGUUCUGUUCCUUCAAGGUGAUCUGGAGCCUGAAGCAGCGGCAGCAGCUGGCCAGACAGGCUCGGAUGAGGAAGGCUAUCCACUUCAUCAUGGUGGUGGCCAGUGUCUUCGUCACUUGCUAUUUGCCCAGCGUCCUGGCCAGACUGUACUUCGUCUGGACGUUGCCCUCCAGUGCCUGCAACGCAUCUGUCCAUGUGGCCCUCCACGUCACCCUCAGCUUCACCUACAUGAACAGCGUGCUGGACCCCCUGGUGUAUUAUUUUUCAAGCCCCUCAUUUCCCAAAUUCUAUACCAAGCUUAAAAUCCAUCAUUUGAGACCCAAGCAGCCAGGACCCUCAAAGUCACAGAGGAUGGAGGAGAUGCCAACUUCUGACCUCUGUCGUAAGAGUUGCAGCAGCGUGGCAAAUAGUGUCCAAAGCCAGCCAGAUGUUCAGGGGGACCUCCAAGUGUGUUGAAUGGCACUAAUACAAACAGGCCAGCAACGUGAUUACAGUGAUAGGGGACAGGAUGGGCAUGUGUGUUGGUUAGGAAUUGCUCAGCUCCUGUGUAAUUUUAAACAGAUGAGGAUACAGGUAUGAAUCUUUACUGGGUCAUGUUCUUGCUCUGGGGGGGGGGGGGAGUUAUUGAACUUAAUGAUGUAUCGAUAUUUCCUAUUCUUUGACCUUAAACCCUUACUUAUUUUGAAAAAAAGGAACUGAACUAAGUCAAUAAAUAAAAUAAAAGGAACUGAACUUUUAUUUUAGGCUGAGAGAGGCUCUUUAAAUCAGGAUGUCGGGCUGGGGAUGUGGCUCAAGUGGUAGCGCGCUCGCCUGGCAUGCG